ACUUAUAAUUUUAARAAUGGAUUCUCAAACGCCCUCUAUUAUAUACCCACGCAACGAAAGUUCAGGGGUACUCAAAAUUCGAUGUUAUACGUAAAACCAUUAAAUGACGAUCAUAAGAAACCUUUUAUUUUACUAUUAACCAUUAAAAUACGCGGAAUCUUGUACGAAUUCGUGUUAAAACGAAAAGGUGUAUUAUGUUGAGAAAUAAGAAACGAAAAAACAUACAUGAAGUUAAGAAAUAUUUCCCUUAUUUCAAACUGUAACAUUUUGAGAUACAACCCAGACAACAUUGUAGUUUAUUGAUUACCAGGGUCAGUCCAUGUGGACGAAAAUAGCCAGAUAGUAAUUCAGUAUUUGAGUGUAGUAGCGUAGAUGUGUAGUAUGUUAGUAAAAUAGUAACUCUGCAGACAGCGAGUCACGGCAAACGUUUCUGUUCGUAUUAAAAUUAUUUUUUGAUGCAAAAUGGAAGCGCCUCUGAUGUUCGAAGUGUUAAUGUACCUUAAUUCCUAUUACUUUGGCAUGUUUUCUAUGUUUGAGUUCUCACUGAUAUGUGCCAAGUCAAUAGAUGAUGCUCAAAAAAAGUCAGUUUCUCUCAAUGAACUCGGGACUAACAUGACAGUAUUUGUGUUUCUAUGUCUCAUUGAAGUGUUCCGCACAUUUUUAUCACGCCGGGACAAUGCGGCCGACAAGGCAAUAUGUGUCAUCCUGUCACUCAUUCUAACUGUGCCAUCAGCCAUAGGAGUACUGUAUUUUUUGCUUUGGCAACAAAGAACUUUUCGGCUGGAAAAUAUUCUAGGAUGUAUACAACUUAUGCUUCAAGCAACUCAAGUGUUCUUUGGCAUUGUCUCAUUACUGACAUUCAAAAGCAGUGAUUCAACAACAUGAAAUUGUAAUUUAAAAACAAUUAUUUGUUACUUUUUAUUUGUACAUAAACCCAAGAUAUUUUUAUAAAAAAUCAUA